AAAAAUAAUAAUAAUAUUUUGGUAAAAGACCGAACGAACGAGUGAGGCUUCAAUUUUCAGUUCUGGCGACCCAAAACCCAGCUAUUUCGGCAUAGCUCACUUCUCUGGAAGAUUCAAUGAGCUCCAACACAACCGAGACGAAGAAGGAGAAGAAGGGUCCUCCUCAAAUUGUUAAAUUGAAUAAAGCUUUGGCUUUGGCCGAAAAAUGGGUGAGUAACAUGAGUAAACUGCCAGCAGAAGAUGAGUCUUUUGAGACACAGAGUCGACCUGCUAGGCUUGGACUAGGUGCUAAAGUUCCCCGUGCAUCCACAUUUGUGCCUUCAGAUGAUCCCCUUGAAAGAAAGUUAUAUUACAAGUUGAAUGCUCAAAAGAGAAAAGCUGCCAAAAUUGCAGAGGAGUUAGCACCAGCUGCUGCAGAUGGUGAUGAUGACGAUGAAGAUAAUGAAGACAGCAGAACCCGUGCGUUUGAGAAGAAAAAGAGAGCAGCUAAUCCACUGAGCCCACCUUUAGGGAAAAAGAAAAGGAGAAAAUGAGUAUCACACCAUGAGAGACUAGCUAUGUCAAUCUUUUUGAAAGUGAAAAGCUUUGGACUUUGGUCCUGUUCUUGUUGUAGCUGAUAAAACUUUUGUUGUAGACUUGACGAUUAAGUUAAUGAAAAAUAUUCACGAGAAAUGUUAACUUUUGUUUC